CCGCCCAUCAUCUGAGAAUGAUCCACCCAACUAAGAUCUCCAUCUUCUCACACAAAACACACAUCAUACUUCUCUCGCCCAAAUCACGAACCUCUUCUCUCCACCAAAAUGGUCACUCUGAUACUUACGUAUCCGUUCUGGAUCGCAAUGUGUCUCGUUCCGUUGGUGCCUCCUUGUUGGAUGCCGGUUAAUCCCGUCGUCAUGGGAGAGGAAACCUCUCUUUCCGAAAAACAACGGGUUGUGAAGUUGCUCAUGGCAAUGCCGGCGUCGGAAAAGACAGAAGUCACACUUGCGGACGGUGGGGUCGUCAAGCAAGAUGCAGAGCCUGCUAUUGCCACAGUGACCUACACUGUCCCGCUCAGAGCGACCACUGGUUCGAACAUCACCAGGGAGGACGAGGUCAAUGCUUUCUUCGCAGAGUUGUUGGCCCCUGAUCGUACGACAAUGAUAAGUGUUCCGAAGAUGACGCCUACGCCACAAGAGGUGCCUUAAUGGUACACGAGCUACUCUCCCACUGUGUGCAUUGGGUAAAGUACGGCCAUCUAGGUCUCCGCGAAGAGUAGCUCGUCGUGCAUGCGUCGGUGAUAGGGAAGGCGGUGGAGAAGCUUGGAGGAGAAACUGCUCGCCAUUGUCUCUUUGCUGUCCAUUGUUCUCGGUUCAUUGUUUCUGUCAAGGAUUUAUGUUAUAAUCAUCCUUCAAUAACAAUUCAUUACGAUCACACUCAGGGUUCCCACCACAACAAGACAGAUUUGUCUUGAGGGAAACGACAACACGUUUUAGGAGUCUCUCCUUCAUCUCCUGUCAAGUGCUCUAUACGUAGUGACUGUGUCGGUCUUAUCCGGUGUCUCAACAACUAUCUCGCUGUCGAUCUGGCAGAUU